UCACUCGUUCACAUCUAGAGAACAAAUUGAAAGAAAAUACAUUUUUUCCAAAAAAUAAAACGCGUUACAAUUAACGAUUAACGAUGCAUGGCUAUACGCAUGCCAUUGCCGUGGACUUUGAGGCCACUUGCUUUAAGGAUCAGCCGGUUCCAGAAUUACGUGACUCGGAAAUAAUUGAGUUCCCAGCCGUUUUGGUCGAUCUGAAAACGGGCAAAGUGGAGGCCGAGUUUCACACUUACGUGAAGCCCGUCGAAAGGCCACAACUGAGCGAAUAUUGCACCAAUUUGACGGGCAUACGGCAGAGGACUGUGGAUGCCGCUGUGACUGUGCAGACAGCUAUCAAUCGAUUCACCGAGUGGCUCGAGAAGGAGCUGAAGGUACGCAACCUUGUGCUGCCGAAGAUGAGCGAGACCAAUCCGAAGGGUAACUGCAUCCUUGUCACCUGGACCAACUGGGACUUUAACAUAUGUCUGGUCAAGGAGUGUGAACGCAAGAAAAUGCGCAAGCCCAGCUACUUCGAUCAGUGGAUGAAUGCCAAGGCCAUAUACCGCACCUUCUACAAGUUUUAUCCCUAUAACUUUGAAAAAGCGCUGUCCCGUCUGCGCCUGACCUUCCGGGGACGUGCCCACUCCGGCAUCGCUGAUGCCAGAAACUUGGCCACGCUCCUGGUCAGGAUGUACCGUGAUGGUGCCCCCCUGGCGGUCACCACAGAUCUGUCGCCAGAGCUGAAGCUCAACGAGAACGGUGGCUUCUGAGUGGCGAAAACAAAACACAAUUAAUUAACAUAUUGGUUUAUAGGCACAACUCCACAAAGCCUUCAGUCGUCCUCUACACACACAAACUACACUGCAAAAAUUGAAUUUAUUGAUGGUAUUAAUAAGAGUACACUACGCCACAAUUACACACACCAAAGAACAUGAAGGACGACUAAGAGUUGUGCCUAUGCCAGAGCACAAACAAACAGACUGCGAGCUGUACCAAAAACUGAACACAAACUCGCAAGAUCGGCAUGUAAAAUGUAAUCGGGUCUGAAGGCUGCCAACAUUUUACAUGCCGGAUUAUUAUAUGUGGAAUGCAACACUUCAAUGAAAACACACUGACGACACACAAAACAGGAAGGCUGACUAAGAGAUAAGCCUUUGAAAACUGCAACCAAAAGACUUCAAAUUUGUUUGUGCAACAAAAAAUCAGCUUCCACAUCUGCCUCGAAAUCGGAACGAAUGCGCCCUGCGAUUUCGAGUGCAGCUAAAUGUUUACACACUGGAAUAAAUUACCUGAA